CGCUAGGAGGCCUAGGGGGCGGUGCCUAGAGGCUUGCGGGAACACGGCGUCGGGGCCUCCAGACACAAAGAGCUGCCGGCAGGACGCAGGGUGCGUGCAGUGCGCGCGCCAGCGCCCUUGGCUCGCGCCAGUGUGUCCCAAGCGCGGGGGAGACCAGAGGCACCCACUGCCCAGAUAAUGCGAAGGUGUGUGUGGUGCUAACAGAUUGCCACCCCAGCCGGCUCCAGUGUAGGCCUCUGCAGAAGACACUGGCCCAGCAGUGUUCAACACUUCACCCGUUUCUGGAACUCAGUCCCAUCAUGGCAGCCUGCUAUGGGAUGGGUGAAGAAGAAGAGAACCACUAUGUUUCACAGCUCAAAGAAGUCUACAGCAGCUGUGACACCACAGGGACAGGCUUUCUGGACCGGGAAGAGCUGACCCAGCUCUGCCUUAAGCUUCAUCUGGAAAAGGAGCUGCCCAUCCUUCUGCAAACACUUCUUGGAAAUGACCACUUUGCCAGGGUUAACUUUGAGGAAUUUAAGGAAGGUUUUGUGGCAGUGUUGUCAUCAAAUGCUGGUGCUGGCCCCUCGGAUGAAGACAGUAGUUCCUUGGAAUCUACUGCCUCACGUGCUGUCCCGCCAAAGUAUGUGAGUGGCUCUAAAUGGUAUGGUCGCUGGAGCUGCCCUGAGCCUGAGCCAUGUGGCUCUGCAACAGGAGCCAAAUGUUUACCAGAACAGCAGGCGAGGGCCACUGGGAGAGGCCAGCUCCGCCGCUCUGCAUCUCUGGAAAGUGUGGAGAGUCUCAAGUCAGAUGAAGAAGCUGAAAGUGCUAAAGAACCUCAGAAUGAGUUGUUUGAAGCACAAGGCCAGCUUCCAGCUUGGGGUUCUGAGGUCUUCAGAUGCCUCCAGAAGCCCUGCAGCCUCUCCCUGGACACCCCUGAGAGCCGGGUUCGUGGCAUCUGGGAAAAGCUAGGUGUUGGCAGUAACGGCCACCUCAGCGAGCAGGAGCUGGCUGUGGUCUGCCAAAGCAUCGGGCUCCAGGCACUGGAGAAGGAGGAACUGGAGGACCUGUUUAACAAACUGGAUCAAGAUGGAGACGGCAGAGUGAGUCUUGAGGAAUUCCAGCUUGGCCUAUUCAAUCACGGGCCCACUUCACUUCCAGAGUCUUCCACUCCCAUCAAACCGAGCAUGUCCUGGUCUCAUCACCAGGUCCUGGAGGAGGGCAGCUGCCAGACUGCCACAACAUCAUCCCUGGUGUCCGUGUGCUCAGGCCUGCGCCUCUUGUGCAGUAUUGAUGAUGGCACCGGCUUUGCCUUUCCUGAGCAGCUCAUCACCCUGUGGGCCCAGGAGGGGAUUCGGAACAGCAGAGAAAUCUUGCAGAGUCUUGGCUUCAGUGUGGACGAGAAGGUGAAUCUUUUGGAGCUGACCUGGGCCCUUGAGAAUGAGCUCAUGAUGGUCGGUGGUGCCACUCAACAGGCAGCCUUGGCCUGCUACCGCCAGGAGCUGAGCUUCCGCCAGGGACAAGUGGAGCAGAUGGCAAGGGAGCGAGACAAGGCGAGGCAGGACCUGGAGAAAGCUGAGAAGAGGAACCUGGAGUUUGUGCAAGAGAUGGAUGACUGUCACUCUGCCCUAGAGCAUCUCACGGAGAAGAAGAUCCAACACCUGGAGCAGGGGUACCAGGAAAGGCUGAGCCUCCUGCGGUCUGAGGUGGAGAGGGAACGUGAGCUGCUCUGGGAGCAAACCUGCAGGCAGACAGCUGUGCUGGAGAAGGACCUAGAGCGUCUGCGGGGCGAGGAGGCCAACCUACGUGGGAAGCUGACUCUGGCGCUGAAGGAAAACAGUCGAUUACAGAAGGAGAUUAUUGAAGUUGUGGAAAAGCUUUCGGAAUCAGAGAAGCUGGUCUUGAAAUUGCAGAAUGACCUGGAAUUUGUGUUGAAGGACAAGCUGGAGCCACAGAGUACAGAGCUCCUGGCCCAGGAGGAGCGGUUUGUAGAGGUCCUAAAGGAGUACGAGCUCAAGUGCCGGGACCUGCAGGACCACAACGACGAGCUGCAAACUGCACUGGAAGGCCUGCGGGCACAGCUGCCUCCGAGUUGGCGUGGCCAUCCCCAUGCACAGCCAGAGGAACGGCUGCUCUCUGGACAUGGCCCAGCAGGCACCACUUCAUUUGUGGGUGAUUGCAUUCCAGUGAGUUUAGAAACCGAGAUAAUGAUGGAGCAGGUGAAGGAACACUACCAAGACCUCAAGAUCCAGCUGGAGACCAAGGUAAAUUCCUAUGAAAGGGAAAUGGAGGUGAUGAGAAGGGACUUUGCAAAGGAGAGGGAGGAAAUGCAGCAGACCUUCAGGCUUGAGGUCCGUGUGUUGGAGUGCAGGAGGGCCGACCUGGAGGUGCUGCUCAUGAAGUCUCAGGAGCUCAUCCGAGGCCUGCAGGACCAGCUCCAGCAGGCUUCCCACAGCCCCUUGACAGAGAGGGCAGUGUUGGGACAGUGCUGUGCACAGGCGCUAUCUGGCCCAGCCCAGCGGCUGGCCCAGGAACAGGACCCACUGAAGCAGGAGCAGCGCCAGAGGCAUCGGAAGGAGCUUCAGCGAGUCAGGAAAGAGGCAGAAGUUGAGUUGAACCACAAGCUCUCAAGGACGGAAGCCUUACAGCAGACUGCCCACUGUAAGGACUUAGCGCUGCAGCCUCAGCAGGAGAAGGAAGAGCAGAAACACCUGCUGCAAGUCCAUGAGGUGAUAGAGCAGCAUGAUCUGGAGAAGGAGUGGAGGGAGGGCAAAGGGAAGGAGAUCCUCCCACUCUGUGGAAGGCAGCAGCUAAAGCUGCAGGAGCUGACAGGUGAGGAGCAGAUGCAACCGUGCAGGUCCUCUGCCGUGGAGAAGGAAAGACUGGAGCUUGCCUGUAGGAAGCAAAUGGGAAAGCUUAUGCAGGAAGAAGACAUGCUGCAGGCCUGCUUGAAGGAUGGGCCAGCAGUGGCAGGUGAUGACCAAGAAGGUAUGGGUGGCCCCAUGCCCCUCUGUGCAGGCAGGAGGGAGCAGUCACUGGUGUGGCAGGAACCUGGUGCUGGGCAUGGCCAUGGGCAAGCCAGGCACAGGGAUGUGCCAGGCCGGUACUUGUGCCAUAUGGACCCCAGGCAGAGCCCAGCCCUAGACCCUGCCUUGGACUGCAGAGGGUCCUUGGAGAACCUUGGCCUCAGAGAGGAUGGUCAGGGUGUACUUGACCCUGAGGAGGUAGCUUCUGCCCCCCCAGGGAGGUGGUUACAAGUGCAUCAACGUGGGGUGGACAAGAAAGCAGUCCUAGAGGAGCUGGUACCUCCUGCCAUUGGCCCAUCUGGUCUGAAUCAGCCUGAAGCCCAGGAGCUGCUCUGGAAAACAGAGGGAGAUGCCUCACCAGCUCAGCCCCCAACAUCAGGCAGAGGAGAGACUGAGAGGCAGCCAGCCAUUCUUGAGCGAGCUGGGAACCUGAGUGGGGGGCUGGCCCCCAUGGGGAGCCAAGGGCAGGCCUUGGAGGAACAGGCCUGGUGUGGGAACAGCACCCUGGAGCAAGGGCUGCAGCACAGCAGUGACAAGGCCAAGGAGGGCACCUUGUUCUCCCACCUGCACCUUGCUGACCCCCAGGGAGCCAGGCAGGAACAGCUUGAGGUCCUGCAGGAGGAAGAGGCCAACAUGGCUCUGGAGCAAGAGAAGGAUGGCAUGAAAACCAAACUGCUACAGCUGGAGUAUGUCGUUUGGGCUCUUGAGAAAGAAGCAGAUGCAAGAGAGAACAACAGAAUCGAGUUGGAUAGGCUUUCUGAAGAAAAUACAUUGUUGAAAAAUGAGCUGGGAAGGAUUCAGCAAGAGCUUGAAGCUGCAGAAAAGACAAAUGAUGCACAGAGGAAGGAAAUCGAGAUUUUAAAGAGAGACAAGGAAAAGGUCUGCUCUGAAAUGGAGGAACUCAACAAACAGAGUCAGAAAUGCAAGGAUGAAGUGUCCCAGCUCAAUCACAAGAUCCUUCAGCUAGGAGAGGAGGCUUCUGUCCACCAGGCCCAAGAUGAGAAGAACCUCAUCAACAUUCAGCUGUUAACACAGAGACUGGAGGAGGCCGGGCACCAGGAGGAGCUGCAGAGUGAGCUAAUCCAAAAACUUGAACUUGAACUUGAACACAUGAAUCAGGAAUGUCAGAGCCUGAGACUGUCACAGUCACAGCUGAGAGAGACCCUUGAAGAAAGUCAAAAUCAGCUGCAUGGAGCCAACCUGAGGCUAAGGCUGGCACAGUCCCAGCACUCGGAGGAGGUCCACCAGCUGCAGGAGCAGAUGCAGUGGCUGGUGCCUCAGGACCACAUGACCGAGCUGCAGCAGCUACUGGAAGAGGAGCGGCAGGCCACUCAGCAGCUCCGUGAUGAGUGCAUUCUCCAGAAGGAGAAGGGGAGGCGGCUAGAAACACAGUGGGAAGAACAUGAAAAGGAGCUGAAACACACUGAGGAGCGGGUGGAAGAGGUGGGAAGGGCUCUGAAGAACGUGGACAUGCUCCUCCAAGAGAAAGUAGCUGAGCUGAAAGAGCAGUUUGAAAAGAACACAAAAUCUCAUUUGCUGCUCAAGGAUCUCUAUGUGGAAAAUGCUCACCUGACAAAGGCACUUCAGGUCACCGAAGAGAAACUACGAGAUGCUGAGAAGAAAAACUGCAUCCUGGAAGAAAAAGUUAGAGCUCUCAACAGACUCAUCAGUAAGAUCGCUUCAGCUUCCCUCUCUGUGUGAAGGUUGCUUGUUUUCCUGGAAUUCAUUUUGAAAGAAUAUCUUUUAAAAUUAAGCCACCAUGAUGUCAUAAUAUCCUAACGUUCAUUGGUUGUGCACCCUUGGACACAGAUUUCUGAUUUCUUGUUCACCUUACACGCGUUUAAAAAUGUCUACUGUGCCAGCUGCUCAGGAAAUAGACAUGCUGGAAAAGACUACAUUUUUAUUAGUAGUCCUGGGUAAUUUCUCCGGUAAAAUUCUCAGUUUUGCUACUCAUUGGUGAAACAAUUAUGGGUAGCUUUCAGUGAAGUAAGACUAAAAGAAAAAUGGUAAAAUCAAUCAAUUUCAAUGUUGUACUUUUGACCUUGGCUAUAGAGAGUAAAAUGAAAAAUAAGGGCUCUGGACAGUUUCAUCUUUUCACUGUUAUUGCUUUGGGUUUAGAUCAUUAGCAUUCUCAAGCUGUGUCUGUACAAACAUUCUAGAAAGACUCCUUGCUGAGACUGUCAACCCUGCGAUCAAAGACAAUGGAGGGGAAGCCCCCUCUUCAGGGACUGCUCUACCACAGGAAGAUGUUUGGAGAGCGCUUAUUUUAGGUCUGUGGUCUUAGGGAUGAUGGUAUUGCGAAUGCAAUCUUUCCCUCAUUGAAAUGUCAUCACACUGGAAAUUGUAUUAUAUGUAAAGAAAAAGAAAAGUCUAGUUUUAUAUCCAAAAUAUACAUAAGUUAUGGUUAUUUGGUUUAUGAGAAUAAACUACUGUACAAUGAAGAAUCACUGUAUUUACAAAAACUCUUUUCUAUUAAAAUUGUUUUAACUUCUAA